AGGCCGAGAUGAUAUUUGGCAACCAUGCUAAACUAGUGCCCUCACUUUGCUUAAAGCAAAAACAUUUGCACAAACCUGCAGUGUGUCCAGAGCUGUGUUGGCAUGGUGACAGUUUUCCAGUACAAGCAUACUUUUUCUUUUUUUUUUUUUUUUAUCUGCUGUGCUUAUACAUAAUUGCACUAUUGUAACGUUGCUUUUUACACUAAGGUAGAAGUACAUAUUGAUGUUCUCAUGCCUGGUCUUGAGAAGUAAGGCUUCGGGAAAUUGUUGCAGACGUGUUGGCUGUAAUGAUUAUAAAAUUGCAAAUAUUAAAUGUCUUUUGCGUUUCACAAAGGUGUACACGAGUGUACGUCAGUUUAAGUUUGGAAUCUUAAAUCUUGGAAUAAAAUGCGAAUCCAAAACCCAUUUUUUUUUCUUCAGUUCUGAUUCUCAUUAUAAAUCAUAAUCGGAUAAAGAAAAAAAUCGCACACUUGAACAUCAGCGCAGAAUUUCCACAUCUGCUUGCAAAAACAAAAACAAAAAAAAUGCAUUUAAAACACUAUUGUGCAACUGCGUUAACAAUACAGACAGUUUUGACAACCUCAAUGGAAAAAAUAGAAAUGGAAACCAAAUAUGAGAAUCAAAAUGAGCCACAGAAGAAACAUUUUCACGUACACAAAUACAUUGAAUUAUUUGGUGGCAAUCUUGAAUAUAUACGUUUUUUUUUUUUUUUUUUACAUCUCACACGUUUACAUAAGCCUUUGUUAGAUGCUAAUUGCUUGCCUCAAUUAACCCUGAAUAAUGAUUGACUGUGAAUGUGCAUGAAGUCGCAUCAAGAGCGCGAUGCUCAGACACGCUUUAAGCCCAGCGGCAGAGCGCAGCUCCCGCAGGCACCUUGAAGUGGACGAUACAGGGAUUAGAAGGGCGCGGGGAACAGCCAAGACGCCAACACAGUUACCUCUAGUGCACUCGUCCGCUCCCUUUUACUCAAUUACAGCCACACAAUUACUGAAUAAAGAACCUUGAGCUCAUAAAAAUGCAUAGAAAGCAAACAGAAGUCGGCAAGAAGCGGACCGAGAUAAGUUUGUUUUUUAAUUCACUCAGCUAAAAAUAUCUAUACGGUAGUCUUGCUCUUUUAACGCUCCCUCUCUUUCUCUCACACUCUCUCGUACCGAAGCCCACCUCUCAGUUGCCCUCCCCCAAAGAGUGUCAUCAUGACACGUAGCUUUGAAAUACUCUGACAGGCACAGAAUUGCUCAUACUGGUGCUAAGCAUUGAAGAAGCCAGACUAUUGACUAGGAAAUGUGUCAGUUUAUUGCUUUGCUCAUCUCACGUUAACAAAUGGAGUGAUGGCAGCUGAAUAUCCUUGCGCUGAUGUGACUGAGGCACACAGAAGGAGUGAAAUCGCCAACCUCGCCAGGGGAAAGGAUUACUAUAAACGGGACAUCUUGAUCUUUUUUGCCACCUGAGGUGGUCCGCAACAGAUUCCAGCGAGGUGACCCGCAGAUCAACUGUUUCGCAUUCGGCGUCGCUCUCUCAAUGUACUUGAAAAACGGUGGAUGUGUGUUUGCUUCAUCGAGACCACAGGAUGCGCACACAGUCCUAUUCAACUCUCCGAUGAUGAGUGGCUCACCUAUCCCUCGAGUAGAGGCAUCAGGUGCGGACGUUUACAGGAGCUUCAAUGACAGCGGUAGUAUCGCCGAAGGCUGGAGCAUUAGUGGCAGCGGUCCAUGGCUUCUCGCGGUCAUGCUGUCCCUCAUAAUUCUGGUGACAGCUUGUGGGAACAUUUUGCUGAUCGCCUUGGUGUUUGCACAUCGGUCACUGCGCUGCACCUCCAAUUGCUUCCUGGUGUCCCUCUUCCUGUCAGACUUGAUGGUUGCUCUGGUCGUGAUGCCCCCUGCCAUGCUCAAUGUGCUGUGUGGGACCUGGGUGCUGGCGCCCGGAUUCUGUCCCGUCUGGCUUUGCUUCGACGUGAUGUGCUGUAGUGCUUCCAUCCUCAACUUGUGUGUCAUCAGUCUGGACCGCUACCUCCUCAUCAUCUCUCCGUUGCGAUACAAACAGCACAUGACCCCACCUCGUGCCUUGCUUCUGGUGGGCGGGGCUUGGGGGUUGGCAGCCCUCACUUCCUUUUUGCCGAUCAAGAUGGACUGGCACAGCCUGGGACGCACCCAAGACCUUGCCGAGAAUGAUCCCGCCAACACCACGAUCUCGCAGUUAAGUUCCUUCUACCCCUCUUCGUACUUCCAGCCUUCCACGUCAGGGACGCCGUCCACGCAGUGCCGCCUGCGGGUGACUCUUCCCUUCGCCCUCGUGGCGACCUUUCUCACUUUCUUCUUGCCCUCUACGGCCAUCUGUUUCACCUACUGCCGGAUCCUGUUGGCGGCCAGAAGACAGGCACGACAGGUGGAGGCUCUUACUCAUCCCGCUUACCCACAUCACUCACCCGGCGAACCAUCUCGUCCUCCUUCUCCCGGACAUGCCGUCCAGGAUGGAGAUGACUACAGCCAUCAGGAGCCACCUGUGUUGCGGCAAGUUCCGCUGUCGGUGAACAGUGAGCGCAGACUGGCACACAGGCAAAGGAAGAGAGCCCUGAAAGCCAGUCUUACCCUGGGAGUGCUCCUGGGUCUCUUCUUCAGUGCCUGGCUUCCCUUUUUUAUCACCAACAUGGCACAGGCGGUGUGUGAGUGCGUACCACCUUCCUUCUUCGAUGCCAUCACAUGGUUGGGGUACUGUAACAGCACCAUGAACCCAAUUAUAUACCCAAUGUUCAUGAGGGAUUUCAAAAGGGCUUUGGCACGGCUUCUACCCUGCUGUUCUUCAUCUCAAGCCCCUCGUCGGCCAUCGCUGCCACUUUCCCUUUCUCUACGCAACUCAGGGGAGCCACAACUGCCCACCGAACCCCCUUCCCUUGUGUCAGACCCGCCGCAACUACCGGCGACGGCCACGGACGCUGUUAACCUUCUCGACGCGGAAAACGCCGGGAUCGACCUGCCUCUGCUGCUGCCCAACCAGGUCGAUACAUUAGAUGAUUGACACGCCAACCGAGGCAACAAAAGAAGUGCAAUAUACUGUGAACGGCAAGAUGCAAGACUUACAAUGAUAUGUUUUUGAAAAAAAUGUGUUGAAACGUACCAUGCUAAAAAAAAACAAAUCAAUGGGAUAAGCGUUAAUGGGAUAGUCGUGCCUAAACUAGAAGGCUGCAUU